AUGCGUUUCUUCCUCCCAUGUAUAUCUGUUCUCGCGGCAGGGUUGAUCGGAGUGGCCGCUACAACGACUCAUGGUGAUGGUUUUAUCCCAGAUGGUGUCCUCAGAGUAACCGAAGAGAUGAGAAAACAGUCUUGCGUGCCAGAGAAGGAAAUCUUGCUUGUCAAUGGCACGAGUCCAGGGCCUGCCCUCAGAUUCACGGAAGGCCAGACAGUUUGGAUUAGAGUGUACAAUGAUAUUGCUCAUCAGAACCUUACGAUGCAUUGGCAUGGCCUCACAAUGGCAACAGCCCCAUUCUCUGAUGGAACUCCUCAGGCCGCCCAAUGGCCAAUUCCUCCUAACCAUUUCUUUGAUUAUGAGCUUUACGUGCCAAUUGGUUUUGCGGGAACAUAUUUUUACCAUUCGCACGUCGGUCUCCAGGCUAUCUCUGCUACGGGUCCGUUAAUUAUUGAGGAUAAAGAUAAACCCCCGUACCACUACCAUGAUGAUCUUAUCGUCUUCCUACAAGAUGUCUUCCCGGAUACAGAUGAAUUUAUUGAGCACGCAUUACUUGCCGUCCCUAUGGAAUACGAAAGGGCCCAGGAAAUGGUACUUAUCAACGGGAAAGGAGGUGGUAUUGUCUCAUCGGAGAUAGGCAAGCGAUGCGACGAUGAGUUGUCCGUCAUCGACGUUGAACCCGGGAAAACUUACAGAGUGAGACUUAUUGGCGGAACUGGCUUAUCGUUUGACAUUCUGGCCAUCGAGGGCCAUGAGACUCUCCAAGUGAUUGAAGCUGAUGGAGCCUAUACCGACAAGUUUGAGACCCCAUUUAUGCAAAUCAGUCCAGGCCAACGGUUCAGUUUCCUCCUCGACACUCUUAAAAGGCCAGAAAAGCAAUAUUACUACAUACAACUGGAGAGUCGCGAAUUUGGACCCCCUACCCGCUCGUUCGCGGUCCUCAACUAUGGCCCUCCUCACACCGAUACCACCCCUGCAGUUUAUCCUCCAGCUUCUGAUCCCAUCACCUUACCACCAUCGGACCCUUACUGGCUAGAGUACUCACUUCGCCCCUACAACAAUUCAAAACACCCUGCCGCAUCACACAAUGCACUUGAUUUCCCAACCGCAGAAGAAGUGACUCGGAGAGUCAAUAUCACAUCUCACCUCGAUAUUCCAGGCGGUGGCCUGCUCUACACGAUAAAUGGCCACACCUGGAAUGAAGGUCUUGUGCACGAGCCUUAUCUUGUCAGUCUGUACAAAGAUGGCGGUUCGAACUGGCCAUCCAUGGAACGCGCUCUCCAGCAUGAUGGUUUGGACCCGGUGACGUAUGCUUUCCCAGCAGACAUAGGAGAGGUGAUUGAGAUUGUGGUUCAAGGCACCGGCUCUGCGGGUGGUGGGACAGAGACGCACCCAUGGCACGCUCAUGGGGCCCAUUAUUGGGAUUUGGGUUCUGGAGAGGGUGUAUACAAUCGCGAGGAGAACGAGGCAAGAUGGCGCAGUUCUAUAGGACAUCCCAUUAGGAGAGAUACCACAAACCUAUAUAUGUACGGGGGAAAAUCACCAAAUGGCACACUCUCGGCAUGGAGGGCCUGGAGACUUAGGAUUGAUCAUCCAGGUGUUUGGAUGAUUCACUGUCAUCUUCUACCUCAUAUGGUUUGGGGCAUGAACACUGCCUGGGUCAUGGGGAACCAGACUGAAGUGCUCUCAUUGAUUGAUAAGCCAGGUGUGGAAGGGUACCUUACUUUUGGAGGGAGUGUUGUUGGGAAUGAGACGCACCCUCCGGAGGUCGUUGAGUACUUCCCUCUUAGUGACUGGGAGGAUGGUACAGUUGGCAAUGAACACCCUUGAGCUUUCAGAUAGAAGCAGGUAGUCAGAAUGAUGUUGCCG